AUGAGUUUCAAUAAUUUUUGUGAGAUCCUUCAGUUGGAUUUCACUUCGGAGAUCGUUGCAUUAGCAGUUAGACCGAAAAACAUAUGGAUCCUUCGUUCGAAUAACGAAAUGAAUAUAUUUAAACGAAAUAAUUUAAAAGAUUCAAAGAAAUAUUCAUUACAGCAAAAAUACGUUCCUGGAACUAAAAUGAUUGUAGAUAGAAAAGGUGAAAAAUGUAUAAUAAUAUUACCUAGAAAGAAGCCAUUAUAUUUCACAACAACAGGUGAAGUUUUCCAACCAUUAUUUAUACCUCCAAAUGUCAUCCCACUUACUGGUUGUUGGAAUGAUCAAGAAAAAUCUACUCCAAACUUCCUAAUUGGUGAUGAAAAUGGACAAAUUAUCCAAAUUCAACCAGGAACAAACAAAAACGCAAACUUUCUUUACAGAUCGCCCAACGGAACGCCAAUAUUAGAAAUUGUAUCAAUGGUUAUUAAUGAAAUCACUUAUUUCUUUAUUUAUACCGAUGAUAAAAUUAUUACUUACUCAGGAAGAGAUAGAAUCGAGUUAAUUUUUGCUGCAGGAGCAUCUUCUCAUAUAAUAUUUGCCGGUCCACCCAAUCCUUUACAGCCAAAAAGAAUUUUGCCACAAUAUAUUGUAAAUAAAAUCGGAAUUAUCAUUGAUUUAGGUGCUUUAAUCCUCGAUGCCUUUGAUUCUGGUAAUAAAGCGAAUUUUAGACAAGACCUUUACGAGUUUAAUUCAACAACAAAAGUUACAUUCGCUCAAUCACCUUUUGGAAUACUAUUUGCUGAUGGCACAGGUAUUCCUGUAGUUCACGAUGGUAAAGCACGUCUUACAGUACCACUUCCAGAAGUCCAAUUCAUAUAUCUAGACGAAAAUGAAUAUAUUUUUACAACUUCAGGCGAUAUUAUCAAAUUUACUAAGAAGAACUUCAUGAAGUUCUUAUUUAGAACAGCUGUAGACCAAAAAGAUUACGAUUACGCCAAUAUGUUGGUAAAAUUAGAUUCAUCUAUCAUUUUGCCAGCAUUUGAUUCAUUAGUUCCGAAGAAAAUCACUGAGUUUUUACCACAUUUAGACCUUUCCAUCAUUGA